UGUUGACUGUUAUGCGCGGCUUGUCAAAUCUGACUUCCGACUUUUGACAAACUUAUUUACAAUACAGUAAAUUAAAUUCCAAAACAAUUCGUUAUUAAAAUUGAAUGUGCUAAAUAAAACGAUGAGUAAACCAAUUAUAGCACCAAAUGGGUAAUCAAAAUUGUGAGAACAAUAGGACGGUCUUUUCCGAACGAAGACUGUCGAGUGAUGAGUUCUAAAGGGGCGGAUGUGUGUCGCGAGAGUGAGCACUGUGUGCAGGAGAAGUGGUCGCAGGACACGAGCACGUGCCGCGCGUCCACCUCGCGCGGCCUUUCGCACUCCAGUGGCGACUGUGACGGCAGCGAGACCAUCUCCUACUGCAGCGGCAAGUGCUCCUGUGCCUCCAACAACAUGUACUUCCAGGAGUACUGCGAGAUACCCUGCCUCAUCGCCGACUCCACGACACAACUUCGCAAACCCAAGUGGAACCUUUUCAAGAAGUACCUCAACUACAGAAAAAAAAGGAAAUUCAAAAAAGCUAGGAAAGUCAAAAUAAGGACAGAUCACGGGAAAGGAAACUCCAAUACAGGGGCUGAAUAGUAUCAUCGAAACCGUUCGUUUAUCAGAAAUAUAAUACACAAUCACAUAAUAUUA